AUGGAUUCUUCCAACAAGCGAAAGUUGGGAGAGCUUUACCCGAUCGAGAACCCCUCGAGGCCUGACAAAAUGGAUGUGGAUGAACCCACGCAGAUGAUAUGUCUGAAACUAUUCCUGCUGGUCGUAGCGCAGAUGAGCAAAGAGCAAGCCACACCACAGCGCAUCAGCAACGUCGACGCGACACAAGUGCUCACCCAUUUGGACUGUCUUAGCGUGGUAACACGCAAAAUGAUCAGCACUGUAGAUAGUUUGGAGGAAACAGUUCGGCAGAUUGACGGUAUUAUGAAAGAUAGAGCGGGACAAUUAGCGACUAUUCUUUCGAGAGUGAGAAUGGGAUGCGACGAGAUUAUGGAGGCUUGUCAACAGAGGGUGAAUUAUUUGGAUGACUUGUGCUAA